AUGGAGAACACGCCGUACUUGGUGUUUGGAGUCGAGAUGACAGAAGCUGGCGAAGAAGUGACGACGAUGGAGGAGGAGCUGGAACGAUGGGCGCUGCACGAUUGCAGUGCUUUCCGCGACGCGCGCGGCCCGGACGAGAUGAAGCGAUUGUUUCAACGGUUCCGGGCGACGCGUGGCAAGCCCGUCACGGUGACGCCCACUGUGACCAUCAGGUCGAUCGAUCGUGCGUGGAGAGCGUUCGUGAAGCGGUGGAACCUGGAGGGUCGCGAGGCGUUCGAAACCAUGUUGAAAAAGCGUGAAGCUGAUCACGCUCGGUUGUCCGUCAGUGAGCUAGCUGGACAAGUCUGUCACCUGUCGUGGGACCAAGAUUACCGGUGCUACAUCGCGCAUUUCGAAGAUGGGUGUCCGCACUGUCGCGAGUUUGGUGUCGCGUGA